CUCGCGAGAUGAUGACGCUUCACAUGCGGAAGCAGUUUCCGUUAGCAGCGGGUGGACGUUGUUUGGGAGCGAUUCGUGUCGAGUUUUCUCAUUUUAAAGGUUAUAAAUUGAUUUAUUUCAGAGUUUAGAGGUUCAUAUUAACCGGCCAGGAUGGGGAAGGCUGAUUUUCUGUCUCCUAAGGCCAUAGCCAACAGAAUUAAAUCGAAAGGGCUCCAGAAGUUGAGGUGGUAUUGUCAGAUGUGUCAGAAACAAUGUCGAGAUGAGAAUGGGUUUAAAUGUCACUGCAUGUCAGAGUCUCAUCAGAGGCAGCUGCUUCUGGCCUCGGAGGACCCAAACAAGUUCAUGGACUACUUCUCAGAUGAGUUUAAAAACGAGUUCCUGGAGCUGCUCAGGAGACGGUUUGGGACCAAACGUGUGCACAACAACAUCGUGUACAACGAGUACAUCAGUGACAGAGAGCACAUCCACAUGAACUCCACUCAGUGGGAGACCCUCACCGACUUCACCAAGUGGCUCGGCAGAGAAGGUUUCUGUAAGGUGGACGAGACCCCUAAAGGCUGGUACGUCCAGUACAUCGACCGCGACCCCGAGACCAUCCGCCUGCAGGAGGAGCAGGCGAGGAGGAAGAAGCAGGAGCUGGAUGACGAGGAGCGCAGCGCCAAGUUCAUCGAGGAGCAGGUCCGCAGAGGCCGAGACAGCAAGGAGACGGAGGAAACUCCAGUUUUCACGGAGCUGAUUCGUGAGAGUGAAGAAGAGAAAGUUGCGUUCAACCUGGGUGCUUCCUCGUCUGUUGCCGGUCCCUCCAAACCCAGUUCUUCCCUCGGUGCCAGCGCUCUCAAAGCGGCGGCAUCCGCCACCAAAAGGAAAGAGCCGUCCUCGGGUUCAGACUUCAGGUCAGAGAAGAAGAAGAAGUCUGCUCUGGAGGAGAUCAAAGAGAUGGAGGAGAAGAGGAAGAUGAAGCAGUCGGUGAAGACGGAUUAUUGGCUGCAGCCGAACAUUGUGGUCAAAGUCGUCACGAAGAGGCUGGGAGAGAAGUACCACAAGAAGAAGGCUGUCGUCAUGGAGGUGAGAGACCGAUACGGAGCCGUGGUGAAGAUGGUGGACUCUGGAGACAAACUGAAACUGGAUCAGAACCAUGUGGAGACGGUCAUACCCGCUCCAGGUAAACGAGUCAUGAUCCUGAACGGUCCACACAGAGACACCGAGGCCGUGCUGGAGGGGAUCGACGAGAAACACUUCAGCGCUUCACUCACGCUCGACUCUGGUCAGCAGAGAGGAAAGCGAGUGGACAUCGCCUACGAGGAUUUCUCAAAACUGGCCUGAACCAGAACCCUUCAGUUUUAAUCUCAGGCAGCCGCUCGGCUGAAAGACUCUACUGUGUCAGAGUUUACUCCCCCUUUUACUCACCUGUACAUACACAUUACCCAUAAUGCAACACCAGCCAGGUCAUACAGAGAAACUAAGAGAGCCGUGUGUUCAACUUGUUUUUUUAUUUUGUAUUAAUGUUCAAGUUGACCUUAAAUUUGCAGAUGUACAUUUUCUCCAAAUAAAUGUAUCAAAAGUGA